CCCAGUUCCCAGUUCCCAGCUUCAAUUUCCCCACUGUGAAUCGCAAGGAUUGACCGAGUUAAGCAGCAAAUAUGAUUAAACACAUGUACAUGACAUUAGCUGCUUUGGUCAUUUUGGCCAUUGCUGUGAGCGCCGCUCCCGCCAAAGUGGAAUACGACGUGGUUAAUUACGGUGAUUUCGGAGCCGCGAGGAAAAGCGCUGCAGUGGAAAACUCUAGUGCAGCCAGCGAUGAGGAUGACGUUGAUGAUGAGGAUGAAGUGGAGCAAAAACAAAACGAUUCCGCUGCUGACGAUGAUGAGGAGGAGAAUGACGAUGACGACGACGACGACGAUGUGUCGUUUAUCAGAAGACGCCGCGAGGCUGCUGUGGAACCAGCCAAAGAACCCACUGAAGUUGACACUGCAUCCGAGACAGCUGCUCCUGUUGAGCAGAGCGCUGAGGGCAUCACCACAGCUCCCACCACGAGCACUGUGUCAACCACACGUAAACCAGUGCUAGUCCUCAUACGUGAUGCACUCAAAAAGGUCACCACGGGGCUGCCCACGGAGCAGGUGGCCAAUAAUGCUCUGCAAUAUUUCCAGCUCUUUGAGCACUUUAUUCAGCAGACCAUCGAACAGGUCAUUGAUGCUGCCGAUGAUGAUGAGGAGGAGACGCCAGCAACUACUGCAGAGGAGGACAAGAAGCCCACAGAAACAGCAGAAGCUCAACCCGAGAAGCAUACUGAGGAUGCUGCAGCUUCUCCUGCAGCUUCAGUUCCAGUUCCUGUCGAAAAUGAAAACGAAUCCAAGCCAAUAGAGCCCGAAGCUGCCAGCAAUGCGGUUUAAACCAUUUACAACCUCAACUGUCUAUUUUAAUUAUUUAUUGUUAGUUUUAAAAUUUGAAAAUACAUAAAUAUUUAUCAAUGAAA